GUGUAAAUAUAGAGAUACAUAAGCUAAUCCCUUAUUAUAAGAUCCAAAUAUUUCACACACUAAUUAAAUCCAGACUCGCCUUCUCUAACAAAAGAAAGAGGAGGGAGAGAAAAAACAAUGAGGAGCCAAAUAUACUUGUUAUUUUGUGUUUUAGGUGUUGUGUUGACUUUGAUAAAUAGUGUUGUUUCUGUUCAAGAAUAUAUUAGUUUGGGAAAACAUGAACUUGAUCAUAUCCAAAUCCAAGGGGAACAGCCAUUAUCAAGAAUUCAAAUCCACAAAACUGUUGUUGCUCUUCGUCAAUCUGCCUCCAUUAUAGUUGAUGGACCUACUCUUCUUGGCUCUAAGGGUGAAGAUGUCGAAUGGGUCACAGUAAACCUUCAGAAUGAAGAGCCUACAAAUGAUGAUUGGGUUGGAGUAUUUUCACCUGCAAAGUUCAACGAAUCCAUUUGUCCCCCACAAACCAGCAAAGAACAACAAUCUGGAGCUCCAUUUAUCUGCACUGCCCCCUUAAAGUUCAAAUUUGCAAAUUACAGCAAUGACAAGUACACAAAGACAGGGAAGACUUCACUGAAUUUCCGGCUAAUUAACCAGCGUGGGGAUUUCUCAUUUGCCUUAUUCUCUGGGGGUUUGUCAAAUCCUAAGUUGAUAGCCAUCUCAAAUGACAUCGCAUUUGCCAAUCCGAAAGCACCUCUUUAUCCGCGUCUUGCUCUUGGGAAGUCAUGGGAUAUAAUGACUGUUACUUGGACAAGUGGUUACAACAUUGAUGAGGCUGUUCCAUUCGUCGAAUGGGGUUGGAAGGGCCAAUUGCAACAACGCUCCCCAGCAGGGACACUGACAUUUCAUAGGAACAGCAUGUGUGGACCACCUGCUAGAACUGUGGGCUGGCGUGAUCCUGGAUUCAUACAUACAAGUUUCCUGAAGGAUUUGUGGCCAAAUGUGGUGUACACGUACAAGUUGGGUCACUUGUUAAGCAAUGGUUCAAUUGUUUGGAGCAAGCAAUAUUCAUUUAAAUCUGCCCCAUUUCCAGGACAAGAGUCACAGCAACGCAUUGUGAUAUUUGGAGACAUGGGGAAGCAAGAGCGUGAUGGUUCAAACGAAUAUGCUAAUUAUCAGCCCGGCUCACUUAUGACAACAGACACCCUUAUCAAGGACCUAGAUAACAUUGACAUAGUUUUCCUUAUUGGAGAUCUCCCCUAUGCGAAUGGCUAUAUCUCACAAUGGGACCAAUUUACAGCACAGGUGGAACCAAUAACAUCUAAAGUGCCCUUCAUGAUUGCAAGUGGUAAUCAUGAAAGAACUUGGGAGAACAGUGGAUCAAUAUACAAUGGUCGCGACUCAGGUGGAGAAUGUGGUGUACCAGCUGAAACAUUAUACUAUGUUCCAGCAGAAAACAGAGCUAAGUUCUGGUACGCAGCAGAUUAUGGCAUGUUUCACUUCUGCAUAGGAGACACUGAGCAUGAUUGGAGAGAGGGAUCUGAACAGUACAAGUUCAUUGAGAAAUGCUUUGCAUCAGCCAAUAGACAUAAACAACCUUGGUUAAUAUUUGCUGCUCAUCGUGUUCUUGGUUAUUCUUCUAAUGAUUGGUAUGCUAAGGAAGGCUCAUUUGAAGAGCCCAUGGGAAGGGAGCACUUGCAGAAACUCUGGCAGAAAUAUAAGGUUGAUAUGGCAUUUUAUGGGCACGUCCAUAACUAUGAAAGAGUUUGCCAAAUUUACCAGAAUCAAUGUGUGAACAAGGAGACAUCGCACUACUCGGGCGUAGUGAACGGAACAAUUCAUGUUGUUGUUGGUGGAGGAGGAAGCCAUUUGAAUAAAUUCACAACCAUUAACACCACAUGGAGUGUGUUCAAAGAUUAUGACUGGGGAUUUGUCAAACUUACAGCAUUUAACCAAUCUUCCCUUCUCUUUGAGUACAAGAAGAGCAGAGAUGGUAAGGUGUAUGAUUCUUUUACAAUCUCAAGAGACUAUAAGGAUGUCUUAGCUUGUGUCCAUGAUGGCUGUGAACCAACUACUUUGGCUAGUUAAACUCGUGUCUACAAGUGUAUGUAGCUAGGAAGAAAGUACCUUCCACUUUUUUUGUCUUGGUUUAAUCAUCCGGUACUAAUCCAUAGUCGUGUUGAGUAGAUAUACUAGCGAUAAAGUGGGGCUCGUUUGGUACGAGGGAUAAGAGAUAAUUAAUCCCGAGAUAAAAUUUGGGAUGAGUUUAUCCCACGCUUGGUUGGGAUAAAAUCGCGGUAUAACUAAUCUUAGGAUUAGUUAUUCCUGGAUUGUAGUGUUGUAUUUAUCCCUGUGGGAGGGUGGGAUAACAAUCCCGAAUAACUAAUCUCGGACAACUAACUAAACGGCCCGAUAUUUUAAUCUUGUCCUUUUUUUUCUUUC